AUGAAAAUGGCGAAUGCCAUCAACCUCCUCCUGCUCGUCCUCCCGCUCCUCUUCUCCCCGGCGUUGGGCCACUUCCGAAUCUUCAGGCCCAGAGAGUUCGGGCUCUACAACAAGGAGCACGUAUUGGGCCCCCACGAGCGGUUCGGCAACCCGUUCGGCAACCCGGACGACUACAAGUCCCGGCUCCACAGCAUGCACGACGACGUCGGCACCCCCAUCGACGGCGAGCUCCAGCAGGUGGAGGAGAUCAAAAAGAAGGGCGACGCCGGCGCCUCCGCCGCCGACGCCGGCGAUGACGACGACGCCGCCGGAAAACCCGCCCAACUGAUGGGUGCGGACGACGGCGGUGCGGCGGCGACGACGGCGGGGCUGGGGGCGAUGAAAGGGAAGGUGCACGAGAAGCCGUUUGUGAGCCCGAGCGGGUUCAACGGGCAGUGGGAGCUGUUCUCGAAGAAUUCCGGGGUUUCGGCCAUGCAUUCGAUCUUGUUGCCGAAGGUGGAGAAGGUGAUAAUGUACGAUGCGACGAUUUGGAGGAUCUCGAAUAUCCUGCUGCCGAAUGGCGAGUGCAGGGUGCUCGAUCCGAAGACAGGGGAGAAGGAUUGUUACGCGCACUCUGUUUUGUUUGAUACCCACGUGGACAACCUCACCCCGCUUGAGCUUAUGACGGACACGUGGUGCUCGUCGGGAGGAUUAACCCUAGAGGGCAACUUCGUCAGCACCGGCGGGUUCCAAGGCGGGGCCAACACGGUCCGUUACCUCGACUCCUGCGUCGGGUGCAAAUGGAGAGAAUACCCGACCGCGCUCGCCGCCCCGCGGUGGUACUCCACCCAGGCCCAGCUCGCCGACGGCAGGUUCAUCGUCGUCGGCGGACGGGACGCGCAGUCCUUCGAGUACAUCCCGCCGGAAGGCCAGCACAACGCCCAGCCUUUCUUCUUCGACUUCCUCAAGCAGACCCUCGACCCCGAGGAGAACAACCUCUACCCUUUCGUCUUCCUCUCCACCGACAGCAACGUCUUCAUCUUCGCAAACAACCGCUCCGUCCUCCUCAACCCCGCCACCAACCAAGUCGUCAAGGAGUUCCCCGUCCUCCCCGGCGGCCACCGGAACUACCCCGCCAGCGGGAUGUCCGUCAUCCUCCCCAUCCGCCUCUUUGCCGCCGGGCAGGAUCCGGCAAAGCCCGUACCCGCCGAGGUCCUGGUGUGCGGCGGGUCGGCGCAUAUUGACUCGUACAGUAAAGCCGAGAAGAAUGUGUUCUACGAGGCGCUGGAGGAUUGCGGUCGGAUCCGGAUCACGGAUCCGAACCCGGUUUGGAAACGUGAGCUGAUGCCGUCGCCGCGUAUUAUGGGGGAUAUGAUGCUGCUUCCGACCGGGGAGGUGCUCAUUUUGAACGGAGCGAUGAGGGGAGCCUCCGGUUGGGGUUUUGCCAGGGAGCCGAAUUUUACUCCGGUGUUGUAUACUCCUCGGGCGAAGCUCGGGUUCAGGUUCCGGCAGCUGGCUCCGACCACGAUUCCGAGGAUGUACCAUUCGUCGACGGUCGUGCUUCCCGACGGCAGGGUCAUGGUCGCCGGGAGUAACACGAACAACGGCUACAUCUACGACUCCAUGUUCCCGACGGAGCUGCGAGUGGAGAAAUUCUCGCCGCCGUACCUGGACCCGGCGCUGGCCGACAGCAGGCCGGAGAUCGUGAACGCCGCCGCGAUCGCGCAGUUCGGGUACAACGGGAAGAUCACGGUGCAGGUGAAGGCGAAGCCGGCGGCGAUGAUACUGUUCAACCUGAAGGUGACGAUCAGCGUCCCCGGGUUCAGCACCCACGGGGUGACGAUGAACCAGCGGCUCAUCAUGCUGGGGCUCGAAUCGGUCAACCCGACGGCGGGGCAGCCGGGCGUGUUUGACCUGGCGGUGGUGACGCCGCCGAACUCGGCGGUGGCGCCGACCGGUUAUUACAUGCUCAGCGUUGUCUACCAAGGGGUUCCCAGCCAGGCCGUGUGGGUGCAGAUUAAGUGA